AUGACACCCUCGAGAUCCAUCCACUUUGCUACAAAUGGCCAUAUUUCAUUCUUUCUCAUUGUAACUAGGCAUGUUUUAUUGUACUCCUUUUUAGAAGCCAAUUGCCUACUUGUUGAUGAAUCGGAGAAGAAUCAAGAAAGCAAAGACAAUUUUUUGAAUUCUGUUUUGUUCACGUUCAAUAAAAUUCUGACUGUGGAGAGACUCCAUGGUUAUAACAUGAGCCCAAGUCUUAACCCUACAAGAAAAAAACCAUAUAAAUGUAAAUCAUAUGGGAAGAGUUUGCCGCCUGCUUUAGAUUUAUUUAAUUAUAAUAGAUGUUGUACUGGAGAAAACACUUAUGAAUGCACUCAGUGUGGGAAAGCCUUCAAAAAGAAGUUUCAUUUCAUUAGACAUGAAAAAAAUCAUACAAGAAAAAAGCCCUUUGAAUGCAAUGACUGUGGGAAAGCCUAUAGCAGGAAGGCUCACCUUGCAGCUCAUCAGAAAAUCCAUAAUGGAGAGAGAGCCUUUGCAUGCAGUGAUUGUGGGAAAGCGUUUAUGUACAAAGCACAACUGGUGGUCCACCAGAGACUUCACACCGGAGAGAAGCCUUAUGAAUGCCAUCAGUGUGGGAAGUCAUUCACUUGGAACUCCUCCUUUACCCAACAUGUGAAAUCCCACACACUCGAGAACUCAUUUGAAUGUAAGGAAUGUGGGAAAACCUUCAGGUACAGCUCAUCCCUUUAUAAACAUUCUAGAUUUCAUACAGGAGAGAAACCCUACCAAUGUGUUGUAUGUGGUAAAGCCUUUGGUAACACAUCUGUGCUUGUGACGCAUCAAAGAAUUCAUACAGGAGAGAAACCGUAUGAGUGUAUUGAAUGUGGCAAAGCCUUCAUCAAGAAGUCCCAUCUCCUGAGACAUCAGAUAACUCAUACAGGAGAAAAGCCCUACGAAUGUAACAAAUGUGGGAAAGCUUUUUCCCAGAAGUCGAAUCUUAUUGUACAUCAGAAAAUUCAUACAUAAUAUUCAUGUUGUGAAUAUGACAAAGCCUUAAAUAUUACAUAAAUCUUAUUAAAUAGAAGAGAAUUCAUGGUGAGGAGAAAUCCACCAAUUUGAAUGGAUUUGGAAGAGUAGAUUUCCAUAAAAAAUCAUGCCAAUCAUGUUCUGGAGUGAUAAUAAAAUGUUUACAGAAAAAGAUCACAGAAAAUACUGAUUUACAAAUAAUAGAGCAUGGAGCUUAAAAAGUAGCAUAAAUUAAUGAAGGAAUUAGUGAAAACUACAUUUACUAUCUCUGAUUUUUAUUUUUAUAACAAAUUAUUGAGUUAUGCCAAUCUGAGUAUAAAAUGUUUAUGCAUUAUAUCUAUUAAGAGUGAAGCACAUGUCAUUUAUUUCUUCCAAACAUGCAGGAGAAAAAAUGUGGCUUAAUAUGAAGUAUGCAUUUCAGUAAGAUUUUUAUCCAUUUGCUGGCACUUUUAAUGGGUGAGGCAGUGUUGCUGAAUCUCAGUCUCCUCUUCAAUUAUAAAAUUUGUUAAGAAGAUGUUUUCCUGUGUAUGUAGGCAGCAAAAACAAACAAUAUGCCCACUGAGAGGGAAAAGCAUUUGUAUUCUGUAUUACAAUAAGUUGAAAUUCAGUAUUUAAGCAAGUUUGUAAAUAAAACAUUUGCACUUCAGA